CGAAGUGCAGCAUGGUCUCUGUAUAAAGAGCUCACUACCCCCAACAGAUUAUGUGCACGUUCUACCCUCACGGCGAGUGUUCCGCAGCUUGGAUAUCCUGCUCGUUUUCCUUCGAUCGAUGGACGAUGGAGACGAUCCUUCCAAGGAGGAGAUCCAAGUGUCUCCAGCAAAAGACCAAGGAUGUUCAGAUCAAGAAAAACUCAAGCGCAAAAACGAUGAGGAGGAGGUAGAUAUUGGUGGUUCAGCAUCGAGCACGGGCACAUCAAAGAAGAAGAAAAGGGGAUGUUGUGUUGAUAUUCCUUCAUCUGAAUCUGAUGAAGAAGACUGGGCACCAACUCCCACAAGGGAGGACAACCAACCAAAUAGGAAUAUGAUGGUGGACGAUACUGAAGGAAGAAUCACACUUGACAUAGAAGACUGGAGACCGGAGGUUCUGACAGUAUGCCCAAGCUCUCCUGAUACUGAUUCCCCGUAAGUAUUCAGGACUAGAGGCCAGAAGAACAUUACCCGAAGUUUGGUAGCCGCUAAUGCCUACUUGCCAGCCAGAUUAAUUGCCGAGUAGCCAACUAAUUAAGUUUAUUGUUAUUUCCUUGUAGCUUUUAUUAUCUGGCAAUCUUGUUGUACCCUAAGUUCGUAUUUCUGCAUAGCCAUCUAGUCACUAAUAUUUCAAGAUUUGUCUGGCAAACGAAUGGGAUGAUAUUCCUCCUAUAUAUUCCAAAUAUCUUGUUGUACCUA